AUGGCGUCUGCGCCUUCGUCAUCACACGCGCCUCUCGGCCCACCCAAUCCACUCGCACAACCAUUUGGGACCACGCACGAACUUUGGCAUCUCCUUGAAGCGCGACGGCCGGUACCUCUGAGGUUUGCGUUGCACCUCUCCCGCCGGCCCAACGCAGCGCUCUGUCCAUGUCUCCAAGCGGACCUGCCUGCGGCCACUGGCUGUUUUACGGUGACACGAAUCCUGGACCCUGAGCAUCGAGUGCCGUACAUCACCCUGUCUCCGAUCCUCCACGCUGCGGGGCUGACACUCGUCCAGGGCCUGCUACGCUUCCAGCUCUCCUCGUCGUCAUUCGACCUCUCCCUCGCAGGCCUGGAGCCAUGGGACGAUCUCUGGAUCUCCUUGCCCCUUGCACGCUCCAUUGCUACCGAGCUGGGGCUAGCUGCGCCACUAACGGCGAUUCUGGACACGCGCAGUGCGCCCGCUUGGAGCCUGGACGAACUCGAACAGGGCAUCUCACACAACUGGCGCAUCCCGCAGCAGUGGGUUGAUUCCGCAUCCUAUUCCACCGAUGCGAUUACCCAAGUGGCCUUUGACCGCGUGCAGCUGCUCCCACGCGGCCAGCAAAUUAAGACGCUCGUGUCGAGCGAGUUGCGCAGUCGGAUCGUGGACGAUGCGCGGGAGAGGAGGGAGCAAGGUGGGAGAUUUUGGCUGCAUCAGAGGUUGGUAAGGUGGUCUGCCCAGGUGGUUGGUGUUUGGCAGGAUAUCCGGAUGAUGAGUGGGGCGUGGGAGGAAGAGGAAAGGGGAGCGAGGAUGGGGCCGAUGCUGGAAGACUUGCGAGAUGUGGUACUGGCGCCGACAUCUGCAGACGUCCUGGAGUGGCUGCAGCUCAUCGCUCCUCAGGCUGACGACGCGUUUAUAGCUACGGAUCCGUCCAGUCCAUUAGAGAGCACGCUCCUGGCUCCGCUCACCCUGGCCGAGCUGGCCGAGCAACGCAAAAGAGAGCUUACACUGGGUAGCCUGCUACUCUCAAACUCACAGGAUACGGACGAGGCACUUGUGCAUCUAGACUCCCUCAUCCGUUCCAAACUCGCAUCCUUACACCACAUGAACCUUCUCUCUCUUCCCCAUCUCUCAUCACCUCAGGACGAUCCCGCCGCGAACGUGCAGCCGCUCGAUGCCUCGCAUCACACACCGAGUACUUCGAGCACCGCUCCCACGGUGCAGCAAACCCAGCCCACUGCAACGGCUACAGGCAAGGGGAUCGAGUUGUCGCAGCUCGAGGCCAAAGUAGACCAACUCACGGCGAAGCUGGACCGCCUGUUGGACACGCAGCUGUCGACCGGUCCGGCAUUCUCACCUCACUCGGAACGGGUGCUUCUGACACGGCGAGAGUUGGGAGACACCACGCAAACACCUGCAUCAACUGAGCCCUCGCCCAGAGCGGUCUGGAGCGCAGAUGUGGAGCCAGUUUCGCCGUUGCGCAGCUUCGAGACGUCGCCACCGCUCUUGGUUGUGAUCCUUUGUGCAAUCGGCGCUUUCCUCGCAAUCAGGUCUACUGUCAACUGA